AUUUUAAUUAUUUCAUGGACGACUCUUUUGAAUUGGACAUUUUAUGUAAACAAAAUCCUAAUAACUCCUUUCUCUUAAAAGAAAUAGAAAUUGUAAACUAUCUUAAAUCUCUUGGAAUAAAAAUGAAAACUGAUCCUGCUAACAAGUAGGAAGUUUUUCACUCUAAAAGAAAACAGUAAUUCAUAAAGUCUAACACUACUUAAUUUGAUGUUUCUAGUAUUAAACAAUUAGAAAUAUCCUCCAAUUCAAUAAAAACUCGCAGAACUCCUUCCCAUACACCAUAAAGUUCACCAUUAAUGGUCAAUUAAGAAAAUACCGGUCAAACUAGAAAAUCUAUAUUUUCUAUUAGAUUAGACGCAUUUGGAGAAGAUAAUUUUGAAGAUGAUGAAGUUGGAGAUUAUUUUACUAAUAUUUGAUUUAUCAA